AUGUGGGGCAGUGGCAACCCCGGCGGAUGUGGAGCUGGAGCCGCCGUGGUGACUGUCGUCCUGAGCGGGACCCGGGACUGCUUCUUGCACUUGCCUCCCGAGCUGGUCUCUCAGCUCCGCCUGCAGCAGGGCCAAGCUGUGAAAGUGUCCUGUGGUCAUCAGCCUGCAUUUUUGAGCUGGAUAGAAAUGAGGCAUCGAGGUCACCAGGGUGAAAGUAUUGCAGAGAUUAACAGACAGUUAGCAGAGAAACUUGGCAUUGCAGAUGGAGAACAGGUAUUUCUUGAACCCUGUUCCCAUGUCUCCUCCUGUCAGCAAGUAGAAGUGGAACCACUCUCCACAGAUGACUGGGAAAUUCUGGAACUGCAUGCUUCCUCUCUUGAGAAACAUCUUCUUGACCAGAUCAGAGUGGUGUUUCCAAAAGCCAUCUUCCCUGUCUGGGUUGAGGAGCACACUCACGUUUACAUCCAGAUUGGUACACUUAUGCCAGCAGCCUCCUAUGGGAGAUUAGAGCCCUGCACGGAGCUCCUGAUCCUUCCCAAAGCACGACAGCUUGAGGAGAAGGUCACCAGCACACCUUCCACGGAGACCUUGCUCAGAGGCUUUGUGAGAAAGAACAUGGAGCAGGAAGAAACAGUGAAGGACCCUUUUGCCAGCCAACCUUACUUAAAGCCAGGAGGCCUUGAACAGAGUAAGGCUGAUGGAGACAUGGCCUUGGGUUCAAAUGUUCUCCCAAAUAUCUGGAAUUUCCUAGGGAGUGUUUUCUCUCAUCCAGCUGGGCAGAAACAAAGGGCUCUGUAUGACAAAGAAGCAGUGAACAGCUUCAAAGACAGGUUGAACUUAAUUCACAUGGAUUCCAUCUUUAGAGUGUGUCAGUCCCAGCCUCCCAGCAUGCAGAACCCAUCUGCCACUCAUGCUUUCCUGAGAUCCAAUUCCAUUCAUGUUUUUCCAUGGAACUUGGAAUUCAUUGAUUUGGAUCCAAAUCCUGUCAUUUCCUAUGGGAAAAUUAAGGAGCUGCUUUCCCCAAGACAGCGUCACCAAGAAGCCAAGCAAGGUCAGCUGCUUGAAAAGCAAAAGCCCUUGACUGGCACAGAAGACAAAACAUCUUCCAGCUCUAACAGCAGUCGAGCCCCCAGUGAGGCAUCUCCUGUUCAAAUCAUUUGGAAUGGAUUUGAAGACCUGAAGAGUGUCAUAGAGGGUAGCCACGGCGGGGAAGCCCGACACGUUGGAAGAGUUUGGAUUCCAGAUGGUCUGAGAAAAAAGCUGCGCAUCGGAAUGCAUUCAACAGUCCAGAUUACAUCAGUUGAAUCUGUUCCUCAGAUUCCUCUCUCCCUUAGACUGCAGCCCAAACAGAACUUACCUAAAGAUGUAAGUGAAGAUGAUGUGAAAUCUGCUUUCAGUUCCUGGCUGCAGGCUUCCACUGCUGAUGAUCUCCCAUGGCUCAUGCCAAGCACUGACUGUAUCCAGCUGGCUGUUAAAGAAGGAGUGGAGGAGUUUGUCCUUAGUGUGGUACAUCCUGCACACACUGAAGAAAAGAAACCUGAGGAUAUUUUUAUACUGGGUCCCAGUUUGCUGCAAAAGACUAACAUACAAGUUCUUUUACACCCUCUAGCUGGAAAAGCUGAUGGUGACAACCAGCCACCUGUGUGUGAUACAGACAGGACCCUUCCUUACCCCAAUCUAAAUGAUUUAGGAGGAGUGGACAGGUUAGGAGCCUCUUCCUUUGAACACAUCAGCCACAGCCUCCUGGGCCGGCCGCUGUCUCAGAAGCUGGCUGCUGUUGCUGCAGGGCUGCGCAGUGGAGGGCUGCUGCUCACAGGAGGAAAGGGCAGUGGAAAGUCAACAUUGGCAAAGGCCAUCUGCAAAGAAGCAUCCCACAGGCUGGAUGCUCACGUGGAGGUGAUUGAUUGCAAAGCUUUCAGAGGAAAAAGACUGGUAACCAUAAGGAAAAACGUGGAAGAGGCUUUCUUAGAGGCAGCAUGGAGGCAGCCAUCCCUUCUUCUGCUGGAUGAUCUUGAUCACAUUGUUGGAGCACCUUCCACAGCAGAGCACGAGAGCAGCCCUGAGGCCACCCAGAGCAACAGACUUGCUUAUGUUUUGAAAGAUCUGAUCAAAGAAGCCAUUGCCAUGGGGAGUUUGAUGGCACUGAUGGCCACAAGUGAGUCAGAACAUUCCCUGCAUCCUUCCCUGGUGGCAGCUCAAGGAACUCACCUGUUUCAGUGCUUCAAGUGCAUCCCACCUCCAGAUCAGAAGCAAAGAUGUGAAAUGCUGCAUUCCAUAAUCCAACAUAAGCUGAGUUCUGAGGUAAAGAAGCCCCCAGAGCUUGACCUGCAAUAUGUUGCAAAGGAAACAGAAGGUUUUGUGGCCAGGGAUUUGACCAUGCUGGUGGAUCGUGCUGUUCAUGCCUGUAUUUCCAACCAGGGUGCAUCUCACAGUGCUGAAUUGAAUCUGUCAACUGUGGAUUUUCAGAAAGCUCUGCAAGAUUUUACUCCAUUAGCUCUAAGAAAUGUCAACCUUCAUAAGCCUAAAGACGUUGGCUGGGACAGGAUUGGUGGCUUGAAAGAUGUGAGGCAAAUCCUGAUGGAUACCAUCAUGUUACCUGCAAAGUACCCGGAGCUCUUUGCAAAGCUGCCCAUACGACAGAGGUCAGGAGUCCUGCUCUAUGGAGCCCCUGGAACAGGAAAAACUCUCUUAGCAGGAGCUGUUGCUCAGGAGAGUGGAAUGAACUUCUUCAGCAUCAAGGGCCCAGAGCUGCUCAGCAAAUACAUUGGAGCGAGCGAGCAAGCAGUGAGGGACAUCUUUAGCAGAGCUCAGGCAGCUAAGCCUUGCAUUGUUUUCUUUGAUGAGUUUGACUCCAUCGCUCCUCGCCGGGGUCAUGACAACACAGGAGUUACUGACAGAGUGGUUAACCAGCUGCUGACUCAGCUGGAUGGGGUGGAAGGCUUACAAGGGGUUUAUGUGCUGGCUGCUACCAGUCGCCCAGAUUUGAUUGACCCUGCUCUGUUAAGGCCGGGCCGACUGGAUAAGUGCCUGUAUUGUCCACCUCCUGACCAGAACUCACGCUAUGAAAUCUUGAAAGCUCUCAGCCAUUCCCUGUCCUUGGCUAAUGAUGUCGACCUUCAGGAGCUGGCAGCAAAAACAGAGCAGUUCACAGGGGCUGACCUAAAAGCUCUGUUGUACAAUGCCCAGCUAGAGGCAAUUCAUACAAAUCUAGGCUCAGGUUUAACACAGGACUUUGGUUCCAGUUCUGACAGUGACUUCAGCCUCUCUUCUAUGGUUUUUCUAAACCACAGCAGUGGCUCAGAGGACUCAGCACUGGAUGGAGAAGCAGGAUUAGAGCAAUCUCUCAUUUCUUUAGACAUGUCUGACUUGCUCCCUGAAGACUCAAGGUCCAACAUGUAUCGGAUUUACUUUGGAAGCUCUUAUGAAUCGGAGCUGGGAAAUGGAACUCCUUCAGAGUUGAGCUCUUUGUGUUUGUCUGGACCAAACUCCAUCAGUCAUGACUUCACAAGCGUGACUCAGAAUGAUGUGGCCUCAUCCCAACCUGCAGUGCUCAGAACAGCUUCUCAAGAGGAUUCCCUGGAGAAUCACCAGGAGCAGCAAGCAGAGCACCUGAGGACAGAAAUCAGUGCCACGAAAUCCAGCUGCAGAAGCAAGAGUGGGGAGGACAGCACCCUGAAUCAGUCAGUGCUUGCCAAGAACACUUUUAUCAUUACCCAGUCCCAUCUGAUGACUGCACUGGAUAGUACAAGACCAUCCAUCAGCCAGGAGGACUGGAAGAACUUUACUGACCUGUAUGAGAAUUUUCAGAAUCCCCGGAAGAGGAAAGGCCAAACUGGCUCAACAUUCAGACCAGGACAAAAAAUCACUCUAGCAUAAUAACCUCUGUUUGCUUCCAAUUGCUGAUCUGAAACUGGAAAUGACCAACGUGAUUAAAUCAAUUAUUGAUAUCAGUGCAGACUGAUUCCUGCAGCAGCUGAGUUUCU